AUGUCGAAUCUUACAAAGCUUGAGUUUGUUGCCCUUGAUAUUUCUGGCAACAAUUAUUUAGCUUGGACUCUUGAUGCUGAGAUCCACCUAGAUGCUAUGAAUCUCGGAGAAACAAUUAAAGAAGGAAAUGAAGCAUCUUCACAGGAUCGCGCGAAGGCGAUGAUAUUCCUUCGUCAUCAUCUCCAUGAAGGAUUGAAAAUUGAAUAUUUGACGGUAAAAGAUCCAUAUGUCCUGUGGAGUAAUUUGAAAGAAAGGUAUGACCACCAAAAGACCGUAAUACUUCCAAGUGCUCGCUAUAAUUGGAUGCACCUACGUUUACAAGACUUUAAAAGUGUAAGCGAGUAUAAUUCCGCAAUGUUUAAAAUUACUUCUCAAUUAAAGUUAUGCGGAGAAAGUGUUAUGGAAAAAACAUAUUCUACUUUUCAUGCCUCUAAUAUGCUCCUGCAACAGCAGUAUCGAGAGCAAGGCUUUAAAAAAUAUUUUGAGUUAAUUUCAUGUAUGCUUGUUGCCGAGCAAAAUAAUGAACUGUUGAUGAAAAAUCAUCAAUCCCAUCCAACUGGAUCAACACCAUUUCCUGAAGCGAAUGCUGCAUCUGUUGAUGAUUUUGGGCGUGGUCAACGUCACCGCCGAGGUCGUGGACGCGGACGCGGAUGCGGUCGCGGACGCGGUCGCGGUCGUGGUUAUGGUCGUGGUUAUAAUAACCAAAACUCUUCAAAUUUCAAGAAGACCACAUCUCACCACCAGAAGUGGGAGAAUAAAGAGGAAAAACAAGAAGAAAGAGGUUCUCAAAAUAAAGCCUCCAAGAAUAAUGAAGAUGUUUGUCAUAAGUGUGGCAUGAGAGGACAUUGGCGACGCACAUGUCGCACGGCUAAACAUUUUGUUGAUCUUUAUCAAGCAUCAUUGAAAGAAAAAGGAAAAGGUGUAGAAACAAACCUUGCUGAACACCAUGAUCCCACGGACUUUUCGCACUUAGAUGUCGCAGAUUUCUUUGAGAAUAAUGAUGGAAAUUUUGAGAAUUUAAUUGCUGAUGGAAACAUCAAUAUAGCUUGA